AUGGUUUUUUUAUUAAACGCUGGUUAUGUUAAAUUAGGUGUGUAAAUAAACAGAAUGAAUGAAUCUAAGCUUGAAGUUGCAGAAGUUUCAGUUUAUAUUACUUAAUUGGCUAUAGAUGAUGAUUAUGAAAUGAAGAUAGCUAGAUAAAAUAAAAAAACACAAUAUGAAAAAAAUAUAUAAGAAAAUCAAUUAGAGUUUUUAAAAUAUGCAAGACUGUCUAUGCUAUUGAUGUUUGAUUUUAUGAAUGUAUCAAUAGAAGAAUAUUGUUUAAUUAAAUAGAGUAAAUAAUUUAAGAUAUUUUUUGCUCAAUAUUGUUAAUUUUUUAGGAAAUAUUAAGAUGAUUUUUAAGUAAAGAGUUUGCUUAAAUCAUAUCAUAGACCUAUAAUAGAGAUAAGAUAGUAAUAAUAAUUUGAAAGUUAUCUGAAUAAUCAGAGAUUUAAUAAUAAUUUAUUUGAAAAAUCAUUGAUAUAGGACUUAGCACUUUAUUAAACAGAUUCUUUAAAUUAUAUUUCUUAGUAUAAUAAGCCGUUUUCUCCAAUAAUAGAAAAGAUAGAUCCACUUUGUCAUAUAUUAUUUUAAAGGAUAGGUUUAGAAUUUUUUGAAUUUGUUUAAUUAUUUAUAAAACGAUCUUAAAAUUCAAUUAAAAUUUAAUAAAUAGACUUUCACAAUGAAUAUGUUUUGAAGACAGUAUUUUUGAGCACACAUAGGAUGUCUUAAAAUAUUUCCAAAGACCUAAUUUAUAUAAGAUAACAUUCAAAAUUAAUUAGAGCAAGAGUAUUAAUAACAAAUGUCUUUAAAGAAUUUAUUGAUAAUAAAUUCUUAUUAUUAAGUGAUAAUAAUAUAAAAUUAUAUUCAUAAUAAAAGGAUGCAAUUAAUAAUUUAUAUCUUAUUGAUUAUAAAGUAAAUAGUUAAGGGAAUAAUUUAAGUUAUAUAUUUAUUGAAUACAGUGAAACAAAAAAGAUUGAACAAAGGAAAUAAUUAUAAGAAAUAAUUAAGGAAAAAAUAAAAUCGUAGAGUGAAAAUUUAGUAGAGAAUAAAAAAGAUAUAAAUGACAUGUUUAUAUUUAAUAAAAUGAUUCUGGAAGAAUAUGAAACACCAAAAUUAAUGAGUUCUGAACUAAAGAAACAUUAAAAGGAAGCAUUAUAUUGGAUGCUUUAUAGAGAAGGAAGAAUAAAUGAUAAAAAAAUGAAAUAGAAGUAACGUUUAUCUCCUUUAUGGUAGGAGUAUAAAUUAAUAGGUGGUGAAUCGUUAUAUGUGAAUAUGUUUACAGGUAAGGUAUCUAAAGAAUUAGUAGCAGUUUAAGAAAUUAAAGGUGGUAUUUUAGCAGAUGAUAUGGGUUUAGGUAAAACUUUAAUGGCUUUAGCUUUAAUAUUGGAAACUCUUAGUAGUGAGAAUUAAACUCUUAUUGUUGUACCUAAAUCAGUAUUAAAAUAAUGGGAAUAAGAAAUAAUAAAACAUUCUAAACCAAAUAGUUUAAAAGUUUUAGUAUAUUAUGAAAAUAAAGAUAGAAAGAAUAAAUAAAUAGAUAUUAAGAAUUAUGAUAUUAUUUUAACUACCAAUUCAAUAUUAAGUAUAGAUUAUUAAAUUUGGAGUCAAAUUAAUAAUAUAGAUAUUGAAUAAGAUGGUGAAGUUAUUUAGGAUGGUAAUUUAACUGAAAGAAAUGAUGAUAAUGCAAUUUAAUAAUUUAGUGAAUAAUCUAAUUCUGAAAGUAGUAGUUCUGAUGAUGAUAAUAUAUAGAGUUAAUCUUAUAUUAAUCUUUUAAAUUAAUUAUUAAAUUAAAAGAGAAAAAAAAAGAGUGAAAUUAAAUAAGAAAUCAAAUAAAUGUACAAAAAGGAGAAAAAAUAAAUAUAGAAGAAAAAAGUAUUAAGUGCUGAAAAAUUAGAAAAAGCAAAAGAUCAUCAUAAUUUAUUUAAAUAAAAGUAUCAUAGAGUUAUUUUAGAUGAAGCUCAUAAUAUUAAAUCUAAAUAAUCAUUAUAAUCAAAAAGUGCGAAUGCUUUAGAGGCUGAUUAUAGAUGGUGUUUAACAGGAACUCCUAUGUAAAAUAAACAUGAUGAUUUAUUUGCUUUAAUUUAAUUUCUCAAAGUUGAAACCUUCUCUCAUUAGUAAUUUUAAUUCAUUUCAUUUUUAGUUUUUGGUGGAAUACAUAUAUAAAUAAAGAGGAAAAUGAAGAAGAUUAAAUAAGAAUAUUAUCUUAAAUUUUAUAACCUAUAAUUCUAAGGAGAACUAAAAAUUCUUAAAGACAUGAUAAUUAAGGAAAUGGUUUAAAUUAAGUAGAAGAAGAAAUUUGUUGGGUUGAAUUAAAUGAAAAAGAAAAAAUACUUUAUAAAAAAUUAUUGGCAGGUUCUUAAGAUAUUUUUAAACAUUAUACUAUUAAUAAUAAUAAAUCUUAUAUUCAUAUCUUUUAAAUAAUUAAUAAAUUAAAAUUAGCAUGUAAUAAUCCUCAAUUAGCAUUAAAAGAAAUUAAUUUAGAUAAAACACCAAUAGAAGAGAUUAUAGAUAAAAUUAAUACAUUUUUUUAAAUUAAAUAAUAAAAUACAGCAAACAUGACAGAUGUAUACAAAAAAUCAUUAAUUGAAAAUAUAAGAAAUGGAGACAUAUAAGAAUGUGAAAUUUGUAAAAGUGAUUAAAUUGAUACAUUUUGUUUAUCGUCUUGUGGACAUUUAUUCUGUAAAAAGUAAUCUAUUAAUUUAUAAAAUAGUUGUUUUACUUAAAUUAUCAAUAUAUAAUAAUUGUGUCCUUAAUGUAGAACAAAUUUAUAAAUUAAAGAUUUAAUUGAAAUCAAAGUUGAUGAAACUCAAUUUGAAGACUUCAAAACUCUAAAAUAUGGUCUUAGUUCUAAGCUAGAAUCCCUUUUAAAAUAAACCUAAAUUAUAUAACAACAAUAAGAGAAAGUCUUAAUAUUUACAUAAUCAAUUGAUAUGAUAUAAUUAAUUGAAAAUUUAUUUAAAGAUAAUGGCAUUAUUACAUAUAGAAUUACUGGAUAAAUGAGUGUUGUUAAUAGAGAAAAAGUAAUCAAAUAAUUUAAGGAUUCUCCAGAUGCUAAUGCACUCUUGCUUUCCUUAAGAGCUACAUCUACAGGAUUAAAUCUUACUAUGGCAAAUAAUGUAUUUUUAGUUGAUCCCUGGUGGAAUGUAAUUGUUAUAAUUUAUAAUCAAGCCAGCUAUUGAAGAUUAAGCCAUUGGAAGAGCAGAUAGAAUUGGAUAAUAAAAUAAAGUUAAAGUUGUUAGAUUUCUAUGCAGAAAUACUAUCGAAUAAUCCAUCAAUCUCUUGCAUUAAAAAAAGAAAUUCUAAAUUAAACGUACUUUAAAUGGCGAAACUAAAAAAACAUAAGAAUUACAAGAUUUCAAAUUUGUUUUAUUUCAUUAAUAGUGA